UGCAGGCCCCGGGCUUGCCAGGGAGUUGGGGUGCCCGGCCAGGACCGAGAACCGCCGGCCCGGGGUGUCAGUGAUGCGCUGCGAUCCUGUGCUGUGCUGUGUUCUCCACCGAAAUGUGCACUUUGACCAGGGCGGAGCACAGCCCAAGGAAAGCCAGCAGAGGUCUUUGCCCAAGAAGAGGGACGACCGAAUCUGGGUGGAAGAUGUCAAUGGAUGUGACAUUUCUGGGGACUGGCGCAGCAUACCCAUCCCCAACCCGGGGGGCCUCUGCUCUGGUCCUUCGGUGUGAGGGCGAGUGCUGGCUCUUUGACUGUGGAGAGGGGACUCAGACACAGCUUAUGAAAAGCCAACUUAAAGCAGGGAGAAUUACCAAGAUCUUCAUCACACAUCUUCAUGGAGACCAUUUCUUUGGCCUCCCUGGCCUCCUCUGCACAAUUAGCCUGCAGAGUGGCUCCACGGUCACCAAACAGCCUAUCGAAAUCUUUGGCCCUGCAGGGCUUCGGGACUUUAUCUGGCGAACCAUGGAACUCUCUCACACAGAGCUGGUCUUCCCUUACGUGGUCCACGAGCUGGUGCCCACAGCAGAUCAGUGUCCUCCAGAAGAACUGAAAGAAUGCGCACAUGUGAAUAGAGCGGACAGCUCUCCCAAAGAGGGACAAGGAAGAACCAUCCUAUUAGACUCAGAAGAAAACUCCUACCUUCUGGUUGAUGAUGAACAGUUCAUUGUAAAAGCAUUUCGCCUCUUUCACCGGAUUCCCUCCUUUGGGUUUUCAGUCGUCGAAAAGAAACGCCCAGGCAAACUCAAUGCACAGAAACUGAAAGACCUUGGUGUUCCGCCAGGUCCUGCCUAUGGGAAGCUGAAAAAUGGAAUUUCUGUUGUUCUGGAAAAUGGAGUUACAAUUUCUCCCCAAGAUGUCUUAAAAAAGCCUAUUGUUGGAAGGAAAAUCUGCAUUUUGGGGGACUGUUCCGGGAUCGUGGGUGAUGGAGGAAUGAAGCUGUGCUCUGAAGCAGACCUGUUGAUCCAUGAAGCGACCUUGGAUGACACCCAGAUGGACAAAGCCAAGGAGCACGGCCACAGCACACCACAGAUGGCUGCAGCGUUUGCAAAGUUGUGCCAAGCAAAGAGGCUGGUUCUGACUCACUUCAGUCAGAGGUACAAACCAAUUGCCUUGGCCAAAGAAGGAGAAACAGAUGGGACUGUAGAACUGAAAAGGCAAGCUGAAUCGGUGUUAGAUCUGCAGGAAGUAACUCUAGCAGAAGAUUUUAUGGUGAUUGGCAUCCCAAUCAAGAAAUGAAACCAGAAUUCCUGACUGUGUACUGAUCUAUCGGUGAAUAUGUUUCUGAACCAACAGUCCAGUUUGUUGUUAUUUUGGAUCUAAAAUUAUUGGGGCCUAAUAAUCCUAAAUCGGAUGGAGCUGCACUGUUGAAGUGGCUCAUUAGUGAGAGGGAGCAAGCUUUUUGAUAAUAAAUCAUAUUUUAAAAAACCCAGCAUCCUUCUUAAAAUUCAAAUUUGACAAAAUGAUAGCUUAUUCAGGUAUACUUCUUGAUUUGUGGCUGCUGCUUCAGAUAUAAGCCAAAGCCAAUACCCGAUGAGAUUCUGGACUUAGCUUCUGCCCGGUAUUGUUGCUGUUCUUGGCAAAGUACACAGGGCUUGGCCCUCUUGGCUAAAAGUGGUAUUUUGGCAGUUUGUGUUAAAUCUGUUCAUGUUAUUAACAGGAUGGGGAGAAAUGUAAUGAGACAUCAGACAUGCAGGAUUGAAACUGGCAUGUUAAAUCUUGAAUUUUUGCUGGAAUAUUGAAUGCAAGGUUGAGCUAGGUAUUUUAUCUUUUAAUAUUUUAUUGAACUUUAUUGUUUACUUUAAAUCUGUCACUAUCAGCUGCUGCCACUCCCCUAGAGUAAGUUUUGGAAUUGUGGGUAUGUUUUCUUGUCACAGUGAUGGGGGUUGGGAGCAUGCUGGUCUUUAGUCAGCAGGGGCCAGGAAUGCUAGAUCCUACAAGGUCUGGGUCCUUCCUGUAAAAUGAAGAGUUGUCUCAUCCCAAGGUGCACAGUCCAGGUCUGUUGAGAAACACAGCAAGUUAAAAGUUAAUUGCCCAAUGUGAGUUUACUUUUAUAAAAAUUAGUGACAUAAUGAGUUCAACUACUAGAUAAGUCAAAUUCCACAAAUCCUAAAGAACUAGUUAAGUGAAUAUAUUGGAAUUGGAAUGUCAUAUCAAGUAUGUUAUUUGACAGAAAUGACCCAUGAGCUGGAGCUUGUGAAUCUACAGGCGUAAAGAAAUACCUGUUAAACUGAGCUCUAGUUUACAUGUCCCUAUUAAUAAUUCUUUGAGUACACUUAUUAAAUGUUCCUUCUCAAAUACCUGUUCCUUCUCAGCUGCCUUUCACUUCCAUUCUGUCUGCCAUGGGGUAUCUCUGACUCAUUUGCCCCAUGAUAUUCCUCAAAAUGCAUUGCAUGGAACUAGUUCAAGUUCUGAUUCCUUCCAAAGGGUUUCCUAAUCAAGGCAAUUUGGGAACCCCUGAAUACUGUGUGUUCCUCUGGGAACAUUCUAGUGCCGUCAACACUAUAAACAGUGCUGAUUGAAUGGUCAUAACUCAGCUCUUGGUGCCAGAAAGACCUUUCAGAGCCCUAUUCUGUACUUUAUGAUGGUACCUGUGUGGUCGGGAACAGAUUACUUACUCUCUCUGAGCUUCAGCUUGCUCAUCUCUAAAAUGGACUGUUGUGAAGAUGAGAUGAGACAAUACCUGCAAGGAGCAAGUUCAUUGCUUAAAGGCAUUGAGAAGCCCUACAGCACAGAGACCUUUGACUCCCUUUCUUGGUCCUAUUUAUUAAUAUCUGAAGAACUUAUAGAGUUUUAUAGGACACAUAUUUAGAAACAUCGUUAUGGUGUAUACUAUUAAAUUCCUUUGGAUUCUGAGACUUUUCUGGUAAAUAAUUUUAAUACCUAGAUGAUUCUAGAGUCUAGCGGUGGUCAAGAUGGCUCCUGUCACUCAAGAUAUCAGUUGUUCUGAAGCCGUUCUAGAAUGGUCUGAUGCUGCCUGCUGUGUUCUAGGAUCUUGGUCCCCAAAGUACCAAAGUUUAACCAGACCUAGCGUAUGUAUUUUGAUUUCAAUUCAAUCAGACAAUGAUUAAAUAUCUAUUUUAUGCCCAAACUGUAUAAGAGACUGGUAAGUAUUAGUACUUAUGCAUGUUAAGGAUAAAGACUUCAUCUUAAUAACAUCUACAUUUUUGGAAAUGCCCCCAUAGUAAGUGCUCAGAAUGUUAAUCGAACAAAAUGAGCCUUUGAUAUUGUGAAACUUUAGGACCUAAAGUUUAAGAUCUAAAAAAUUUAAACUACCUAGUUGGUGGUGCUCCAUUCACUGAGUGCCAACUAAAGUGCCAUCCUUUAUUGUGUUGGGAUAUGUAAAUAAAUAUAAGACAAAAUUCCAGGCACAAGCACAGUCUGAGUGGUAGAGACCAAUAAGUAAAUACACAGUUGCUUUGAAUGUUACUUUAAUUGUAUAGCAUGGUACAAAGUUUUCCUUUCCCUGAGCAUUGCUGGUAGCUGCCUUGAGCUGUGCCCUUAGAUUCAGGCUCUAUUAAUAUAUGUGGACUAAGCCCUCAGAGACGAUGGGAAUGUGGGAACAAAUUGAUACGUUGGAUCAAGUGUGCUGUAUCGGUCCUUGGUGACAUUCUUUCUUGGACUCGCUUCUGACCUAGAAUUUGUUCUUAAUGGCAGGACACUCUAAGAAUUUGUAGAGCUAAAAUUAAGAAUGAAGCUUAUGUUGGACUUCCCAGAGCUUAUAAUCUGCUCGUGGUUGUAUGAAUCAGAGGAGAUUAGAAUAUGUGUUACUUGAUUACUGAAUUCUCUUUUUGCCAAGGAAUAUCUUGGAACACUAAGAAAUGAUAUUCCUUAGCACAUCUCAAAAUGAUUGUAUUUUUUACCGGCACAAGUUAUUAAGGUAAUGAAUUCCAUAGCUGCACUUGUUACCUAGUAUCUUCUUUGUCCUAAACUGAUUCAUUUGUCAGGCAUCCAAAGAUACCUACUUAUUUUAAAUAAAAUAUUAGGACUUUCCACUUCUCAAAAAGAUGUUUAGACUUGCUCAAAUAGACCCUAAAUCAUCCUCUGUUUUCUAAUAUUUAUGCUUUAGUAAUAUACUUUCAAAUGAAAUUUUAAUCAUAAAAUUAGUGUGUGCUUCUUAGAGAAUUUUCUUUAAAGAUUCAAGACAAUUAGAGCUACUGAUCCAGUGGCCCUCUAUUUUGACGUGUGAGUCAAUAAUGCUCAAGGUAGUGCGUAAGUGGACAAGAGUGCUUAUGGAGACAGAUGUCCAGGCUCUGCUUCCAAGGACUCUGAGUCUGUCUCCAGUGGAACCCAAGGAUUUGCAUCUUAACACGUUAUCAAGGCUAUUCAGAAGUAUGAGUGCUGGAUCACGCUGGGAGUUCGUUCAUGUACCUAAAACAAUGGGAUGUGUAUAGAUAUUUUAUAUAUGUUUAAACAUGUCUAAUGUCAGUGUAUAUUGUACUCAAGCAGACAUGCCUAUUUUUACAUAGAGGUUAACCUCCUCAACUGUUUUUCUCAUUCAUUUUUCCAUGGCAUUAAAUGUUCUUCAUGUAUUUUAAUGAUCUUCUUAUUACUUCAUUCUAGGAGGUGAUAAUAUUUAACCAUUUUCCUACUUUCAGGGGCAUUUUCAAUUAUUGUGAAUAAUACUAUGAUGAAUAAUCAUGGAUGUUAAACUUUGUAUUUGAGUCUAUUUCCUUAGGAUUGAUUUAUCUGAAAGUCAAAUAUCUGAUUUUUUUUUUUUUUACACUUGACUGGAAUUGCCCAUGUGUUUUCUAGCUCACACUCUGCAGCAGGAGGUAGGCCCCUUCUGCUGCCCCAUCCAGCCAAAGACCUUUCUAACACUUUACUUUCAAGGCACUUCUUUUGCAAAGAUUAUUUUUGCCUCCUACUGCAAAUAAUUCUAUUGUGUCUUUUAAUUUGCAUAGAUAAUUAAACUGUGAUUUCCCUGAAUACUCCCAGACCAGCUUUAAAACCUGGCAGUUUUUUUCUUUUAAUGGGGUAAAAAUCCGUACUGUUUCAAGUAUGCUCAUGACAGAUAUGCAGUGAAGGUUCUUUUGUCUUCACAAAGGCAUGAAUUUAUAGUGAAAUGUACUGGUUCUGUCCUUAUUGAUUGAUGGAUUUUUCGGGUACUGAAUGAGUCAGAGCAUUUUUUUAUAUAUAUAUGGGAAGGAUAAAGAAGAAACGCUGGCAGUUCUUUGAAUGUUCACUCUUUGUAGGAUAAGAAUAAAGUUUAAGGGGGUGGGGUGGGAUGUGAGGCAAAAAUCAAGAAAUACCUGCUUUCCAAAGUAGAAAGUAAUAUUUAAAACUGAAAAAUAAUAGUGCUUUAGGCAUAUUGUGUUUGAAAAAAAAGUGGAAGCCGUAGGGAGUGAACACCAGGGAGAGUUACCAGUGGAGGAGGGGACCCUAGUGGAAGGGGCGAAGAGAAAGGAGAGGGAUGGCCGGGGGAUUCUGCUUGGAACCCUCAUCUGCUGGACAUAUUUGAUAUUUUUAACGGUGUGUUUUUCUUCUUAGUUAAAAACUGAAAGCAGGUGAGCACCUGUUCUGGACCAUCCUGUCCAUUGCUGUCUACACGUGGGCACUCCAGGCAGAUGACAAUUCCUCUCAUGGCUUCUUAACUUUCCCCACUGUUCUCCAUACAGCAAGGUGAUUUUUUACAAAAUGCACAUUUUUUUCAAAAUGCACUACUUGAACAUUUUUUUUCAAGAUUUAUUCAUUUAUUUAUAAAGAACUGGGGUACGGGCCAGAUGCGCGGGAGGGUGAGAGCAUUCACCAGAGACAGAGUGGGGAACAGAACAGGCAGACUGACAAAUUACACUGCUGAGGGGAGCAGCGGGCGAGACAGGAGAGGUCUGUCGUGCCAUGUGGGACCCUCGCUGCCUGGCCGGGAUCAAGGGGGCACUGCAGAGGCCGCAGACAGCUUCACAGCGCUGUGCUCAACCGCCUGCGCCACCAGGGGAGGCCCUACUUGAACAUUUUUAAUGACCAUGCCUAACCCACCUUUCCAACCUAAUCUUACUCCACAAUGCCACUCAUUUUGGGGACCCAGCCACAUGGGCCUUCUUUUCAUCCUUUGUCAGGUUUCCAUUGCAGCAGCCAUUGCUCCCUUGGCCUGGAAUGUGCUUUCUCCUUUCCCCUGCUGAGCCAGAUCACAACUCUGGAGUUACAUCCUCAUGAUGCCUUCCUAAAUAUUCCCACUAGGUCACUCCUGUGCUUGUUACUUCAUGUUUUCACUUGCUUGUGUGAGCGUGUGAUCGUUGCUUCUCAUUUCUUCUAACACUGUAAGCUGCAUAAGAGCAGAGCUGGGCCUGCUUUUAUUUCCCUUUGUACCUGGCUCCUAGCUCAGUGCCUGAAACAUACCAGACACUUGAUAAAUAGUGGUGACUGGCUUAAUUUUCCUUGCCAUCUUGCUAUUAUGCUAAGAUCCCUUCUUCUUCUAAGGAUUGUUCUGAUUAAUAUUAUAAACAAACAAAAAUCCCCACCCUUGAUUAUAAACUAAAACUAAGGGAGGAAAAAGAAAACGGUUGCCUGUGAAUUUAAUGAGGCAAAUUCUUAGACAUGCAGACAGAUACCCAGAGUCAGGUAAAGGACAGGGAAAAGGGUUUCUCUGCCUAAGAAAUCAGGACAUUGGCUUUUGUUAAGGUCAGAACAAACUUAAUAAAAAAUAAGGGGAGAAGGCCAAGCCCAUGCAGGAGUCUGGAGUCCCAUGCAAGGUGGGGAAAUAGUGGGAAAAUCUUAAGAACACCAAUAGUGGAUAUUUUUUAUUGUUGCUUUAUUGCUUGGAAAUAAAUCCCCCCAAUGCCCCCAGACUUUCUUUGAAGUAUGCUAGACACAGAGGAUUUGGGGAUCCCUCCUCUAACCUGCAUACCACCAAAUGAGACCAAGUUCCAAGAGAACAAAUUCUGUGACAGGGUUGUCCUAGAUAGAAAGAGGGCAGGAAGGCGGAAAAGUGAGACAACCUGAGACUAAUACAGUUGACAAGAGCUGGAAUCAGAGGUGACAAGGAAUUUUCAGAAAGUUGUAAAUAGAGCAUUGACCUUUACAUUAUUCGCUGAGUGGAGAGGUAGGAGAAGGGUGAAGCUACUUCAUGUAUAUCUUAAAGGACGUGGUAACUCUAGUUGACAUCUGGACACAGGUAUUUCUGCAUCCUCAGCAGACAUAGACGAAGGUUUAAAAAGCUGUCAUAUGCAGAAUAAUAAGGAAGUUGAGGAGAGUGCCUAAGUUUAUCCAAAGUAAAAAAUAUUUCCACUCCUAAAUAAAGGUGGCAGAGAAACACUGUUGCUCAGAUGUCAGCAUGCUAAUUAUAUACUCAGCAGACAUGGCAGGUACAAAGAUCAAAUUCACCCACGAAAAAGAAGUAAAAGGGGAAAGGCGAGGGAUCAAGUUUCCCAGCUGUAUAAAUCCCACUGUAACUGCCAGAAACUGUUCAGGCAGCCUCUGGGAGAAUUAAGCAACAUUUAGUUCACUGUCACCAAGGGAAGCCAAGGUUAUUUUGUCUAGGUUAUUCUCUACAUUGCUGUGGCUGCCAAUGAUCACAGGCUUAUCCCAAUGAGACCAUAUCUCUCUCAAACAUCCUGGACUGGAGCUGACCUUGUAGAAGUACCCAUGUCUGAGUCAGCACCUCAGAUGCUGAUCCUAACUUGCUUACAGAGGGCUUUGCCAUUGAAUACAUCUUCACAUAGUUAGUAGAUACUGCAACGUGAUUGAUUUCCUCCUCCACAUGCCUAUCUAAGAGGCCUACUUACCGCAGUACUCUUCAAACUAGGGUAUUUGUGCCACCAGGAAUAUGCCAUGACUUUUCUAACAGUAAAUAGGCAUACUUUCAUAUAACAUAUCCUUUUAUAUAAAAUAUUUCCUAAAAUUGAUUUUCUAGACAACUAGUUUAGGCAAUGUGUCUGUACAAUGCUCCAGGGUGAAAUUUUGGGGGAACCAAAGUAAGGGAUAGUUGAAAUAUUGCUGGGGAUUGAAAUAUUUGGUAACAUUGUUUUACAAGUUAGGUAGUUUCCAAUUUGUUACUUUGAAAAAAAUUAAAUCCAGAAUCUAAUCUGUGCAAUGACAGGUUUUUAGAAGUUUUGAGAUAUAACUCACAUACCAUAAAAUUCAAUUUGGUUUUGGUCUUUUUUUACAUUUGUUUGAACUUUGCCCUAUUCUUAGUCAAGAAGGAGAGGUUCAGGACAUGGGAAUAAACUGCUUACAGUGAGAAGUCAUAGAGGACUAUACCCCAAAACUCUUUUUUUGGAACCAGAAAGAGCUUAUCUUUGGCCACCUUCACACGGACACUCACUGCAUCUAGGUACACAGCCACUCCUUCAUUCAGCUAGAGAGGUGGUUCCCAGCCACAGGACCCAGAUUCCAUUAGAUUUCACUUUAUGGGUAAUGAAGGUCUGAUCUUCCCUGAAUAGUUCAGAUGUGAGGGGAAGUUUUGACUGAGCCAUUAGGUGAGAAAGACAUAGGCAUUGAUAGUAGUUUGAAUUCUAUCCCUCUUGGGUCUUCUAGGCAGAUCUCAGAGAGAUAUAAUUCUCCAAAAUGUAAUAAAGUAUCCUGCAGGUAAAGGUUUACAAUAAAGUGACCCAACAUGCAAAAAAUAAAAAUUCAUUUGUCUUCAUAUAUUCACAGAGCUGUGUGACCAUCACUGCUGUCAAUUUUAGAACAUUUUCAUUAUCUCCAUAACCCUUUGGCAAUCAUGCCCACUUUCUUCCCAAAUUCCCUAAUCCUAAAUUGUAAUCUACCACUCAUUUACUCUCUAACCACUAAUCUACUUUCUGAUUGUAUAGAUUUACCUAUUCUAGAUAUUUUAGAUAAACUGAAUUGCACAAUAUGUGGUCCUUUGGGACUGCCUCCUUUCAUUUUGCAUAGUAUUUUGAGAUCUAUCCAUGUUAUAACUUAUAUCAGUACUUCAUCCCUUUGUAUGGCAAAAUAGUAUUCCCAUGUGUGGACACCACAUUUGUUGCCAUUCAACAGUUGGCCCAAAGAUAUAUUAAAAAUAGGUUUUAUGAUAGACCUAUAAUAGCAAUGAAAAGGAGAUCUCCCUACAGAUCUCACAAAUAUUAAAAAGUUAAAGAAGAUAUUAUAAAUAACUUUAAUUUUGAAUAAAAUUACUAAAUUCCCUUCCUUUAGAAAACAUCAUUUUCCAGAAUGGACAUGAGAAGAAGUACUGGACUGUUCAGACUUCCUAUUUAUUAAAGAAGUUGAGUUUGUGAUUAAAAGCCUUCUUAUAAAAAUAUCUUCAAGCCCACAUGGUUUUGCUAGUGAUUCAUUCUAAACAAUUAAGGAAUACACUUUCCUUUCACAAAUACUUCCAAAAAAAACAAUUAAAAAAAAAAAGAGGGAACACUUCCCAACCUUAUGAGGUCAGCAUAACCUUGAUGCCAAAACUUAAGUACAUUAAAAGAAAGGAAAAUUACAGGCAAAUCCCUCUCCUAAAAACCCUAAAGAGAAUAAUUGGCUAAUUGAAUUCAGUGACAUAUAAAAAGAAUAAGACAUCUUGAUAGGGGGAGUUUGCUCUAGGAAUGGAAGGCUUGUUUAAUAUUUGAAAAUCAAUAUUACCACAUUAACAAAAUAAAUGGGAGAAAAGUGUAAGAUGAUCUCUAUAGAUACAAACUUUUUUUUGAUAACAUUUAAUACUCAUUUUGUGACAAGAACUCUUAGCAUACUAAGAGUAGGAUGGAAAGCCCUUAAAUAAUAUCUGCAAAAAAAUACAGUAUUACCCUUAGUAAUAAAAUAUUGAAAGCUUUCCCCCUUGGAUGAGAAACAGGCAAAGAUGCUCACUUCAUACCAUUUCUAUACAUUACUGCUUUGAAGGUCUUGGCCACAACAAGGCAAGAAAAAUGAAUGAAAUGUUUAAAAAUUGGAAGGAAGAAAUAAAACUGUCACUGCUAGCAGAUAUGAUAAUGUACAUAGGAAAUCCAAAAGAAUAAGCAGAAAAACCUGUUAGAUUACUAAGUAAAUUAGGAAGACACUGAUAUUAAUCAAUAUAAAGAAAAUUUGCUUCUAUAUUCUAACAACAGACUAAAAUUUUUUAAAUAACAAUUUACGGGAUCAUCAGAAAACUAGGAAUUAAUUUAAUGAAAGGUGUGCAAAACCUCUCCGCUGAAAACCACAAACCAUUAUUGAGAUAUGGUAAAGAAGACUCAAGGAUACAGAAAAGUUACAUUUCAUGUUAAUGAAUUGAAGAUUCACUACAGCAAUUUAUCUGUGGUUUCAAAGCAAUGCUAAUUGAAAACUCUGAAGGUUUAUGUAGAUACAAGGAAAUUGAGAAGCUAUUUUAAAGUUUAUGCAGUCAUGCAAAGGACCAAGAAUCACCAGGAGAGCCUUAAAACAGAGCAAACUAGAAGAUUUACACUACUAGAUAUCAACACUAAUAGGAAAACUGCAAUCAUUAAACUACCAUAUGAUAUUGUUGCAAGGAGGGCAAAUAAAUAGAGUAGAACAGUCUGGGAAGAAGCCCACACACAUAUAUAACUUUAUUUAUGACAAAUGUGAAAUUCCUAUGCAAUGGGAAAAGGACAGUCUUUUCAAUAAAUGGAGGGCCAAACAGACAUCCAUAAUGAAAAAUAAUUAUUUUGGUUCCUAUCUUAAAAAAUACACAAAAAUAAAUUUCAGAUGGAUUUUAUAUGUAAAUGUGAAGAUAACAUAGAAUAGCUCCUUAACUUGGGGUAGGCAAAGAUUUCUUAUACAGAAUAAACAGACAAGCUAUAAGGGAAAGACUGUUAAAUUAUGUAUUGAAAUUAGGAACUUUUUUACAUAAAAGAUAGUGCCAAGUGUAAAAAGGCAAACCACAGAGUGGUAGAAUGUCUAUGUAAUACCUGUAGCUGAUAAAGGGUUUGGAUCCAGAAUUUAACAGUAGCUAUCUAUUGCUAUUUAAAAAAUUGCCCCCAAACAUUAUGAUUUAUGAUCUCAGUCUUGGUAGGUAAGGGUUCUGGAUACACCUUAGCUAGGUACUUCUGAUUCUCAUAAGGUUGAAGUCAGGAUGCCAGCUAGGGUUGUGGAUUCAUCUGAUGUUUCAACUGAGGGGUCUAUGUCAAGUUUUCGUAUUGUUGCCAGACUUUGGACCCUUGCCACAGAGACCUCUGUCCUGGGCUGCCUCAAUGACAUGGCAGCUGGUUUAUGACAGAGCAAGCAAAUUGUGAGAAAGUGAGCACCCAAAACAGGAGUCAGUCUUUCUGUAUCUUACCCUUGAAGGUGACAUCCCAUUGAUUUUUCUACUUUCUAUUCAAAGCAAAUCAAUAAAUCCAGCUCAUAAUCAAGGGAAAGAGGUUAUACAAGGAAUAAAUACCGGGAGGCAGGGGUCCUUGGGGAUCCUAUUCUCUUUAUCCUGCUUUACUUCUCUCCCAAAAUGUGUAUCCCUUGCUGACUUAGUAUACAUUUACAUUCAUUUGUUGAUUCUCUGUGCCCCUCUUUGAGAAUGGAAAAUUCAGGAGAACGGGGACUUUGUUUUGUUUCCGAUAGGUGUCCCCAGCGUCUGGGCCAGUGCCUGGACCCUAUUACACUCACAAAAUAGUUGUAGAAUGAAUAUCAGUGGAAUUUUGGAGAAAUCUUGUCAUUUUUCAACAUGGGUCAAUUUACUUGACACCUCCAAUCAGUAUCCUCAAUCACCAUUACUUAGGACCUUGUGGAUGUGUGGUGGCUAUUGUUUUUGACUACCUGGCAUGCUUAUGCAUCAUCCCCUCUCUCACUCCCACAUUUAGCUUCUGCUCAGAGGCUCACUUCCCAGACUCCAGGUACAAGCACACAUUAAGCUUGGCCAGUGCAAGUGCUCCAGUGACUGGAUAGAGUGAGCCCGUGACCUAAACUCUGCCAAUUCAUGCUUCCCUCAUGAUCAUUCUCACUGGAGAUGGCGAGGAGGCAGUGCCUGGACUGUUGUGUGACAUAGGUCAGCCUGAAGGCUGUGAAUUUAGGGUGCUAGGGCAGAGGAAGAGAUGGGUUGAAAGAAAGGGAGUACCAGCGUGAUAGAGCCUCAGAUCCAGCCUCCAGAGUUCUGCUGCUUCUAUAGCUCUUGUUCUUCCUCUUCCUCCAACCCAGGGCUCCUCCAGCAUCCUUCCGACUCAUCUCUUUCUGCUGUAACAAAUGCCAGUUGGGCUUCUGUCACUUGCAAUUAAAUCUCCUCGCAGACACUGGCUGGUUGCUGAGGAUGCAAAGAUGAUUUGGACACUAUCCUUGAUUUUAAGGAGCUUAUAGUCUGCAGGAAAAGACAAAGAGGAAAAAAUACUUGCAAGGCAGUAAUGAACUAAUGUAAUGGGCCUGGGACUGGUCAGAAUUCAAGGUUCUGAUAUAUCAUUCACAGUAUUAGUGAGUUUCUUUAAGUUCUUCUGAGGAUUUUAUAGUCACAGUACCCAAAAUAACAUUGCCCUUGAUAAAAUCAAUAAACACGAACUGUGCACCUACUAUGUGCAGGCCUUAGUGUUCAACACUACAAUACAGACCUAUAGAGCAUUCUCAGAGGGGUAGAUUUACUUAAAAAAUAAUAAAUAUAUGGCACAUAUGAAAUGAAGUCA